AUGGGGAUACGCCAUCCCUCUUGGAGUAAGCCGACCCCCGGUGCCACAGGUGGCCGAAAGAAGACAUCCAAGAAAUCGGUCGCGGCUAAAGAAAAGGCCGAAGGCAAGGGCAAGGAGAAGGUAGUCUUCUCGGAACCGCCCCAACAAACAGAGGAGAAAGAGUCGGCUUCCACAUCUAAAAGAACCGAAUCGGAGAAGACCGAUGACGAAAGACCGGAUGAUGAAGAGCAUUCGGGCCCAAGUCCCGAUAACACCGGUACGGGUGCAAAUCCUAAGACCGCCGAGGGCGGUGAAGAAAUCAGUGAAGAAGAGGAGGAGGAGGACGAACCGACAAAGGACGAUACUAUAGCGCGCAAAAUCCUGAAGGUCAUUGAACAGCGAGCUGACAAGGUUGGCGAGAUAUACCGGGAAUGGCACGAGCACCGGUUCAGCAAACGUUACAGACACAUUCUACCAGGCUUCACCGACGAAGAGUGUUUCCAAAGGCUGAAGGAAAUAAAAGACGUAGUCAUGGACCUCACAAACUCCGAAACCAUUCACGAAGCCCUGGGCCGAACCUUCAUCUUAAGACCGCGAGCACAGCUACGGAAGCUAACCAUACGGAUCCGAAAGAUUACGGCAAGGUUCGAAGAGGUAACAACGGAGGAUACCUUAACGCCUUUGGUGUUACAAAGGCCUGAGAAAGCGAGAGGAGAACUCGUUGAAGAAAUAGAGCGGCUGGAGGUGAUGUACAGACAAAGAGAAAUACCGCACUAUACACCUCCACGGAUCGAUAAGAGUCAAACUCACGGUCCAACACCUCCAAGGGCGAAUCUGGCAACAAAUGAAACCGAUGAAGGGACGGAGACCCCUCUUACAGCGCAACAGCAAACUGAACAAACCGGGGCUUCCGAACCGGGUGUUACAAAAGAAUGGGUGAAGAGUCUUCUUCAAGAGUUUGCAGACUCCGCGGUUCACCCAUUGGAGGAGAAACUCAAGAGAACAGUUAGCUCGGCACUCCGGUUCGCCAACAAUACAAGGCAACUUCUAUUAAGAACAGACGACCGGUUCUCAGAAAUCGAAGAUGACUGCCGGGAAGAAGCGGUUCUGCGCAGCAACCACCUUCGGCGAACCGUGAUUUUGGAGGAUAAGACUUUCGAGAUAGAAGAGAACUUCGACCGGCUUGAAAGAGAGACUGAAGCAAGACUGACAGAGGUUACUGAGGAUCUGGUCGGCACAACGCUUGGAAGGGUCUCAGAACUUGAAAAGAAGAAUGCGGGUCUCGAGGCCGACCUCAAGGCGCUCACCGCACAAGUUGCCGAAUUGCUCAAAGCAAAAAUGAAUGUGGAUGCCGCGGUUGUGGAGGCAAAUGCCCGAGCGGCUCAGGAAGUCCAGGAUGCGCUGGACAACGAAGCCAGAAAAGAGAAGGAGCCUCCGCAACUCACCGAAGAAGAAAGAGCCGAGCGAGAACGGAGGACAGAGGCUAGGUUUCCGGGACUUGCAAAGUCGGUAGCCGCUCAAGCUGCGAAGGAUGCUGAGCGGUUAGAAAGGGAAAGACAGAGGCUAGAAGGCUUUGCAGCCGCUAACGAGAAGAAAAAUGCGGCCUCUUCCGUCUCGGUUCCGACAAAGCGAAAAAGGGAAUCCUCAAAGAAGGUUCAAGAGGCCGAGCUGCUGAAUGAGGUCACUGACACGGUUAUUGAAAGUAUACCGGAGCAGGCUACUCACGCCGAAGAAGAGGAUGAAGUGCACCUACAGCGGCGGUCUACAAGACAACGAGUCUCCGAAUCGGCCAGUCGACCGCAAUCGGUGAAGAAAAAGCGGAACAAGGAUCUGAUGGCCAGCUAUGACUUCUCGGACUCGGAAUAG